ACUCCCCUCCUCCUGGAAAAGUGCAUUUUGCUCCACCUCUCCUUUCCUCCCCAUUCAGCAAUCAGUCAGAGAGAGUGAAUGUGAACAUUAUGGGCAGAAGCAGUAGCAGCAGCACCCACCCUGGGACUCCAUGAGUGGACCCCCCCUCCCACCUCUUGCUGUCCCCCUCUUGCUGUCCCCCUCUCUCUCUCUCUUCCACACUCUCUCUCUCUCUCUCUCUCUACCUCUCCCUCUCUCUGCACUCCUUUCAUCCCUGCUGCACUCCCUCCUCUCCCAGUUCUAGCUCUCUCUCUCUCUCUCUCUCUCUCUCUCUCUCUCUCUCUCUCUCUCUCUCUCUCUCUCUCUGCACUCUCUCAUCCCUUUGCUCCUCACUGUCCCUUCUGUCUAGUGUAAUCUGCACUCCUCACAUCCAGUCACUCUACUCCCCUCUCCUUUCUCCCUUUCCACGCCACCCGUGUAUUCAUCACAUCCUCUGACUUUCAAUCACAAGACAUCGAUCGCCUCUUCUAUGAAACAAAGCGAUUGAUCUGUCACUCGGGUACCUGGAGGAAGUAAAGCAGCAUGUCCCGGAGGAAGCAGAGCAAACCCCGACAAAUUAAACGGCCCCUGGAGGAUGCAAUUGAGGAUGAUGAAGAUUGCUUGUCUGAGGAAAAUGUUAUUGUCUCAAAAGCAGAUUUUCCACUAGAAGAAAGUUUCACAUCAGCGUUCGAGCCGGAGAAUAUGACCUGUGAAGAUGUGGAAUAUUUCUGUAACAAAGGAGAUGAAGAGGGCAGUCACGGAACAGCUGAGUCUGAAGGCGAAAUACAUUCAGAGAAAUCUAUAAAAGCAGAAAUGGUAGCUGACGGCUGGGAUGGGCCAGGAGAGUUGGAAGUGCUACAGAAGGACGGAGAGCGCAGGGUCCAGAGCCGACAACAGCUGCCGAUUGGUACGACCUGGGGACCUUUUGCUGGCAAGAUGGAUUUGCACAAUGACAGCAACACCUUGAAAAUAAAGGCUCCUGUGCCGCUGAUACUGACUGAUGGGCCCAAGUGGUUGUUGGAUGUGACCUGGCAAGGGGUGGAAGACAGCAAGAACAACUGCAUUGUGUACAGCAAAGGAGGACAACUGUGGUGCACGACUACCAAGCCCAUCGCUGAGGGCGAAGAGUUAAUUGCCUUUGUUGUGGAUUUUGACUCCAGGCUACAAACUGCCACUCAGAUGACUCUUACAGAGGGAAUGUAUCCAGCUCGCUUGUUGGACUCCAUACAAUUACUCCCUCAACAAGCCGCCAUGGCUUCCAUCUUGCCUACAGCCAUUGUCAACAAAGAUAUUUUUCCCUGCAAAUCCUGUGGAAUCUGGUACAGAAGUGAACGCAACCUGCAGGCUCACCUAAUGUACUACUGCAGCGGUCGGCAAAGGGAAAAUUCUCAGCUCCCAGAGGACAGUGAAGAGAACUCCCCACAGAUGUCCAGCAUGUGCCCUUUCCCACAGUGCACAAAAAGCUUCUCUAACGCCAGAGCUCUGGAAAUGCACCUAAAUUCUCACAGUGGUGUUAAAGUAGAAGAUUUUCUUCCUCCCGGGGCCAGUCUGAAAUGUACAGUUUGUAGCUACACUGCGGAAUCAGUGAUUAACUUCCACAAACACCUGUUCUCUCAUCUUACUCAAGCUGCCUUUAGAUGCAAUCAGUGCCAUUUUGGCUUUCAAACUCAGAGGGAACUCCUGCAGCACCAGGAGCUUCAUGUCCCUGGAAAUAAACUGCAACAGGAAGCCGAAACGGAACAUUCUCCCGGUGCCAGCGAGGCAAAUGCGCAACAGACUCCAGAGCUGCUGAAUAAAAAUGAACUACUACAGAGCCAAAAGACUGUGCAGAAUAAAGAUGCAAGCUCAGACAGCGAACUGGAAAAGAGUGAAAAGAAACCACAUCCCUUUCUGGCCAACCAGAGGCCGGAGGCAACGAACAAAAAUAUGUUUUCCUAUACUAAAAUCAAAUCCGAGCCAUCCAGCCCCAGGCUGGCUUCAUCUCCAGUACAACCCACACUUGGACCUUCUUUCCCAAUGGGACCAUUUCUCUCACAGUUUGCUUUCCCACACGAUAUCACUGUGGUUCCUCAAGCCUCAGAAAUCCUUGCAAAGAUGUCUGAACUGGUACAUAGGCGGUUGCGUCAUGGCAGCAAUAGCUACCCGCCUGUCAUUUACAGUCCCUUGGUGCCAAAAGGGGCUACUUGCUUUGAGUGCAAUAUAACGUUCAACAACUUGGACAAUUACUUGGUACAUAAGAAACACUACUGCAGCAGCCGGUGGCAGCAUAUAACCAAGUUGACCGACUUCCCCGGUGUUACCGAGAAAGUCCCAGAAGCCGUAAGCCCAACCAAUGCUCAGAAUCCCGUAAACCUCCUCAACGCUCCCCUUCAUUCUUCCGAAACAGACAACCAGCUGCUUCAGACAUCCUGCGUAAACUCAGGCACUGUUCUAGAUUUGUUAGGGGCAAAUAUGAAGUCAAGGGACAAAGAGUUUGUGUCCGAAGUAAAGAAGCUAGUGAAUGCCGGCGCCAUUGAUGAAAAAAUGAACGGAAAACCCAACGAGAUAAAAACCUCCACACCGCCUCAACUGGACGGAGACAACAGCGACCCGAACAAAACGACUUGUGAAGCCUGUAAUAUCACAUUUAGUAGGCACGAAACAUUCAUGGUACAUAAACAGUAUUAUUGCGCUACCCGCCAUGACCCACCUUUAAAAAGAUCUGCAGCGAACAAAGUGCCUGCCAUGCAGAGAACUAUGCGGACGAGGAAGAGGAGAAAGAUGUAUGAGAUGUGUCUCCCUGAGCACGACCAGAGGCCUCAACUAAUUCAGCAGCAUUUUCUCCAAGUAGCUAAUCUUGGCAACUCAUGCACAUCUGGUCAAGAUUCAGCAGAGGGGCUCGGGGACUGUUAUCACCCCAGGUGCGAUAUCUUUCCAGGAGUUGUUCCAAAACAUUUGGAAACAUCACUUUCAAUUAGUAAAUGUGUUCCAGUGGUGAAAUGUGAACCUUCACACUCUACCAUUUCCUCCCUGGAGAUGGACGCGCCUAUAGACCUCAGUAAAAAAUGUUUAACACAAUCAGAUAGGGUAUCCACAUCUCCGAAAAGGCUCCUGGACUAUCACGAAUGCACAGUAUGCAAAAUAGGCUUUAAUAAAGUUGAAAACUACCUUGCUCAUAAGCAAAACUUCUGCCCCGUCACAGCGAACCAACGCAACGAUAUGGGGAAUCUAGAGGGCAAAGUGUUCCCGAAUCCAGAGAGCGAAAGGAGCAGCCCUGAAGCCAACUUCGAAAGGAAGGCCAUCAAGUGUGAAAAGAACAGAACCUCGAAACUGCCCUCACCUAAUGGGAACUUGUUCUCUUCACACUUAGCCACUCUUCAAGGUCUUAAAGUCUUUAGUGAGGCAGCCCAGCUUAUCACAGCGAAAGAGGAAAACAAAAAUGCAUUUUUUUCACAAUGCCUUUACCCAGGAGCAAUAAAAAAAGCAAAAGGAGCCGAUCAGCUUUCUCCGUAUUAUGGCAUCAAGCCAAGUGAUUAUAUUUCUGGGUCUCUUGUAAUGCACAAUGCGGAUUUAGAUCAAAGCACAAAUGUAGGAAGCGAAUCUCCCAAAAGCCAGAUACCUUCAAAUGGAUGCUCAUUGCUGAAGAAAGAGUCGCUCCCUCUAUUGCCAAAAAACAGGGGCAUGGUAAUAGUUAACGGGGGACUUAAGCAGGAGGAGCGACCUGCAGUCAUUUCCCAGCAAGAAAACAUUUCCCAGAAUCCUCCUCAAGAAGACGGAUGCAAAUCCCCCUCCUGGGUUUCUGACAAACCUUUGACAGCCAAUGAAAAUGUUUCUCCGGCAACCCCGGCUGCAGAGGAUCAGGUGUCGAGCGUUACAAAGAGCCUAAACGGCUCUGGUACAGCUGCGACUAGCGGGAAGUAUUGCCGUCUGUGUGAUAUUCAGUUUAACAAUCUUUCAAACUUUAUUACUCACAAAAAGUUUUACUGUUUGUCACAUGCAGCCGAGCAUGUCAAAUGAACAAUCGUGCGUGGAGAUUUUGGUAAAAUAUGUAAUAUACUGUAUUUGUUUCCUGCAGUCAGAGUAAAACAAACACACAACAACAACAAAAAACAAAAAACAAUGCUGCUUUAUUGACACCUGGACAAUCAGGAUUCCCGUUCAUUUAAAAUGACUUGAAGAUUUGAGAUGUAGUUCCAUAACAGUUAUGCGUAAAAGUGUAUUAUUGGUGCCAUUAUUUUUUCCUAUUAUUUAUUUUACCAGCAGUGUUCAAACAUUUGUGCUCAGCGCUGACUCUUGUGCGGGAGCCAUGGAAGUGGGAAAACAUUUCCUAACCGGCACAGCAGUCAGUGUUGAAUCCAACUGUAACUGUGGUUAUGUUAUUUUUUAUUUAAAGAACUUUAUAUUAAAGUCAUUUGUAAUGUUAUUGUAUAGUUAUUGUGUAGCACAUAUGGUUUGCACCUGUAUAGUAGAUUUUAAAUAAUAUAGACACAACAUUAUGGAAGAAAGGACAUAUUAGGAACAGCUUCAGAAGCACUUGUGUAUACUGACUUUUUAUUUCUUCUACGCUGUUGCAGAAUGAGUAGAUGUCUCUGCUGAAAUAUAACUUAAACAGUUUUAACCCAAUAUGAAGACAAGAUUAUGUAAUAAAAUGGUACUUCUGCAGAACGUCAUCACAUAUAUACUGCAGACAUAGCAUAGCUUUGCAUCUGCCUACAUGAGUAAAGGUAGCACCUGAUUGGAUGCUAUUUGUACCAUAUUAUUAAAUACAUCUCUCUUCAAAUACUUUAGAUGCUGGCAAUCUGAAUGACUGGGGCUGUAUACACUGUACCUCCAUUCCCUAAUUCCCACAGUUGCUUUUAACAGUGAUUAGUCAGGAAAACAUAAUAAAGGGAGAGAACUUUAGUCUCAUUGAGGACAAGAUAAGAUUGGUUAUGAUCAGGGGUGCCAGAAUGUUUUGAAGUUGGGGGAACACAGAAAAAAUGACAUAUUGGCACUCCCCCCCCCCCCCCCCCUCACCCUCUCCCCAGUGUGGGGAGGCGCUUACCUCCAAAUCCCCACGGUGACUACUUCUUUUGAAAGUCUGCCGUUGGUGCGUGCUAUGCCCCAUGCGCUGACCUAGCCGGCUCUUGACAGAUGUAUUACUGGGAGGGGGCAUGGCCAUGCUGAGCCUGCUAGGAUAUCCACAUGCUCCAAUACCCCAACCCCGCCACCCCGUUGCCUCUGGUUAUGAUACACUUAACAGCCAGUUAUAUUAUGCCUUCUGCGGAAGUGCCUGGUCUCUCAGAAUGUCUAGGAGACUCACAAAUUUUGGGGGACUGCUCCAAACUCCCAAGUGAGUAGACUAGCCUCCCGGCUCCGCCAGCUGCCCCAUAGAAUUGGGCGGACCUUGGCCUUGAUGAUGCAAUUCACAGUGAAUUGAGUUAUUAUGACACCCAUCCCUCGCUCAACAAUGACAUGAAACACUUUGGUAGGAGGGAACAUGAUGACAUAAGUAACGCGUUUCACCAUGCCCCAGACACUUCCUAAGUGGGGAUUCUCCUCCAGCAUCUCCCUGAUAGGGGGCCCCCAACUUUGCGUGUAAAAAGUGUGCCAUUGCAGCUUGCUAUGACUCAUGCGCUAUCCUAGCCGGCUCUUGAGAUGUAUUACUGGGAGGGGGCGUGGCCAUGCUGAGCCUGCUAGGAUAUCCACAUGCUCCAAUACCCCAACCCUGCCACCCCGUUGCCUCUGGUUAUGAUACACUUAACAGCCAGUUAUAUUAUGCCUUCUGCAGAAGUGCCUGGUCUCUCAGAAUGUCAACAAUGACAUGACACACUUUGGUAGGAGGGACCGUGAUGGCACAAGUAACGCGUUUCACCAUGCCCCAGACACUUCCUAAGUGGGGAUUCUCCUCCAGCAUCUCCCUGAUAGGGGGGCCCCAACUUUGCGGAUAAAAAGUCAGCAGUGCGGAAACUGCAUGUCUCUUAUGCAUUUUACACUCCUGGCCAAUCACUGUUAAAAUCAGUAACUGGCAUUUAAAGAUGGAAGGUGUAGAGAUUAGUACUUUAAAGCCCAAUAAAUCAAAAGCUUCUUACAUCUCAGCUAUACUUUAGCAGAUACAAUAAUUUAGAUUUAGACUUGCAUUUGUAUGUAGCGGUAUGUUCCUGUUCACUUUUUCAAUCCGAAAACUGUAUGUUUAAUGAAGAUGGAUUUUUUUUUUGUAUAGUAAUUGUAUUUUCUUUUGCUGAUGCAUCUUUGUCGAAUUAAAAAAAAAAAAAUCUUUGCUGUUAAAUGCAAUACUUUAUAAUGAAUGAACAAAUAUUACCGGAAGCAGUAUUGUAAGUUAUGAUCUGAAAUCAGCCAGUUUUAUCUUUUACGACAUACAGUUAAAAUCUUAACCCUUAACAUGAUGCUGCAAAUAUGAAUCUAAUUCAUAUGUAUUAUAUAUAUACAGUACCUAUAAGUGUAACAGUACUGCGACUGGUGAACACAGAGAUAAAGUUCUACUUCUGAUAGAAAUAAUUUCUCAACAAAUGUUGUUACUAUGCAUGUAUAUGGAUGGAAUAAAAUUCCGGAUCAUUGGAGAA